AUGAAACACCAGCUCGAUUCACUUGACAGCCCGAAGAUCUGUGCCAAGGCCCUUGUGCUGGUUGAUGCUCGUCUCAGAGAGAUUUCAUCUCUCCAAGAGAUCGUCAUCAAGGUCUAUGCGGAAGCUCCAAACUUAGAUGCUAGAAGGAAAAUCACGAGCCUUGAAGGGACACUCAAUGUGGCAGUGGAGCUAGUGGGAGAAGUGGACUGGGACUUGUUCGACCAGUUGAAUGGUUUCGCGGAGGACUACUCCGAAGAAAGCCACAGUGACGAUGACUAUGACAUUGACAAUGACAGCAGUUUUUAG